AUGACGAGAGGAAAAUCCGUAGGAAGACAUUGUGGCGCGGCAAUGGUGGGAAUGAAAACGAGAUUAAUUUUCCUUGGUGGAUGGAAUAAAAAUCGAUGGAAUUUUGAGGAGAAUACGUAUAAUGUCAGAAAAAAAAGGCUCGAUAGUUCUAUAAGCGGGUCAGAGAUUAACAACAAUAGCUUGGAAAAUACUGGAUUACUCAACUAUGCCGAUAAUACCACAAUGUCCGACAGCAUGCCGUCAGUUGAAUUAUCUCACCAAGCAAUACAACAUUCCCGGACGAAUCAAUUCCUGUAUUUAACACAGCAUCAGUCGCAGUUCCAAUACAUGCCUUUAUUCAAUGACUGCCCGCCAAUUCUCAAAACGUCUUCACAAAAAGGUACAUAUAACACACCCAAACCUUGGGAACUUCUCAGAAUUUACCUAUUGAAGAGGAAUUAUUGGGUACAUUUGCGUGUCAAGGGCUUGCCCGAGAUGGAAUGUGUGGCGUUUCUAUCUAACAAUGCCUUCCAGUCAAAUAAUUUGUUCGUUGUAGGCCGAACAAGGGAUGCGAGCAACCGUAUUACUAUGGGAUGGAUUAAAGAUGAAUGA